AUGCCUCAGAUGCCAAGGAUUAAAUCUAAUACGACACCAAAACCCAAGCUGUCUGGUAUCGGAUCUGAGCCUCUUGGGUUGGGCACAAAGCUGAUUGGUCAAUCCGGGAUGCAGUACCGGAUUGAUGGAAUGCUACAGCACAGGACUGACCCCGUACUGGCUUGUGUUUAUCUAGCUACUGCUGAAGAUCAAAAGAAAUAUGCCAUCAAGAACAUCUUUUCUACCGAGUUUGAGUACCAGUUAGACCUUCAAGCUCCGCUUCGAGGCUGCCCUAAUCUUCGAGUCGUUAUCGACACUGUUCCCGAACACCUUUUGUUCGUCUAUAAUUACUGCACUACCCAUCUUCUAAAACUAGCUGAGAAAGACAACCUUUCUGACGCAUCAAGGAAGAGAAUACUGCGGGACACAUUAGCUGGAAUUGCAGAUUUGCAUGAACGGAAUAUCUUACACGGCGUUGUGAAUUAUGAAGAAAGCCCUAAUGGCGCCAUCGAGGUACAACGGGUCCAGGUUGGCGACCUCGAGAUGGGAUCCGUCAUUCCACCUGGCUUAAAUUUCCGCGGAGCCAAAUUGGGCAAUCCCAUGUGGCGCAGCCCUGAGUCUCAUGCUGCAGCCCGUAUCAAUCUCCCCACCGAUGUAUUUUCCUUCGGGCUUGUUUGCAUCUACACAAUGCUACGGAAAAUUAUUUUCCGCAUCGACAGCGAAGGAUUAAGUCGAGCGGAUGAAGAAAGGCUUGUAGUCAAGCGCCUGUCUCCAACUUUGGAGAUGGUCCUGCCAUUCUCUAUGUGGGUGGAAGUCGACGAAGGGUUUAGAGACAUCGUCACGAAGAUGACCAGUCUGGAUCCCGCGAGAAGAAUUACUGCGAGGGAAGCUCUCGAGCAUCCUUGGUUCCAGGAUUUAUGA